UUUUACUCCAUUGUCUGUAAACAAUGUAAUUGUAAACAAAUGCUGUAUACCUCAAAACAUGACAAUUUUGAUCAUGAUGGAUGGCCCUUGAAGCCAUCCAGCCCUGGUAGCCUAUGAAUUUGAAAGUGGUUACAAUUCUCCACCCCUAUCCCUCCCCUGUUUGACAAGACAAGUAGCGGGGCGUUAUUUUGUUGUUUUUCGAAUCCCAGACUGUGGCUUUAAUGUUACAGUCAGUUGUGUCUGAGUGUGCUUUUACCUGUUCAACAUGAUGUUUUUUCCCCAUAGAUUGUUCACUCAUAAUCUUAUAGGAUAUUGAAAUACCAUAUAAAAUCUUAAUGUACCGAAUUUGUUGGCUAUAUCUGACAGCAUGUUGUUUUGAAACCUGUCAAUCGUCUUUGCGUCGAGAGGCAGCCGCAGCGCGCGCACAACAAUCAAUAAGCUGACAAUCAAUCACCAGCUGGUUAGCUCUCAAGCCUAGUUUAGCUACCUAGUUGUCAGAUACAUAUACGAACUGUCUAGCUAGCUAGCUAGCUAGCGAUCGUACAUUAUUGAGCAGCUUGAUUCUAAAUCGAUUCUUACGAUAUAUGAAUUAUAAUCACACUUAUUUUGUUCAAACGAAAAAAAGUACUAGUUAGGCAUAUUUUGAGUUGCCCAUCAAUCAUCUGAGCUGGCCUAACUCCCGGAGCGAAGAUCGAGCAUUGGGCGUCUAGGCUCGAGACUAGUUAGCUAGCUAGCUAGCCCACACCGAAACAGAUGACUGUUACAUAGCCUAAGCCUACAUGAACUGGAGAGAUGUUGGACUCAGAAGAGUGCACUUUGUACCUGGAUAACCUGUUCUUUGAGAGGCCAGUUGUCCACAAAGUAAAGCCACUUUGUCAAGAGCAGAGUUCUUGGCAGUUGGAACCCCCUCCAUCCUUAUCCCAGAUUCCAGCCACUCAGGACAUCCAGAAAGAGGCAGAGGGUCUUUCAUCAUUCAGUUUCUCUCAGAAGUCCAAGAAAUUCAUUCCCCCUUUGAAAAGAGCAGUCGGCAAUGAUGGUUUCACACCAAAGAACACAGAUUUUCAGAUUACCAGUGAUGGAGAAAAAGAACCAGAGGGCCAGGGCGGGUGUGCCCUCUGGUCUCAGGAAGACUUCAUGAAUAAUUCCCAGGAUUCCACAAUGGUCAGCAGAGGUCGAACUGAAACCCCACAGGAGUCUGGUCAUGCGCUGGAGCAGAGACAUUUCCCUCUGGACUUCAGCCAAAGCCCACCUGUACGGAGAGGUUUGUUCAAACCUCUCAUUGGUCAGGUGCUGAACAGUGGCGCAGACUUGAACAGCCGCUGCAGCCAGGCAAGACCCAGAGCACAGCAAACUUUCAACCGGGUUUCCAUGGCGACAGAGCCUCGGCUGGCGAGCCAGUCAGCAGCAGGCCCCAGCUCCCUCAGCGGUCUGGGUCCGGCUGCAGCCCGGGGACCCCCACCGCAGACACAGGACAAGGGCACCAAGAGGGCUAACAUCCUCCCCAUGACACCCCGGCCCCUUCACAUACAAGGUACUUCUGGGCCUGGGAUACUCCGACCAGUCUCUGAAAUCCAUGCAAAAUUCAGAUCUGUCUUCAAAGAGUUCCCUUACUUCAACUACGUCCAGUCCAAAGCCCUGGAUGAUGUUCUUUACACGGGAAAGAACGUUGUGGCUUGUGCUCCUACUGGCUCUGGUAAGACAGUGCUCUUUGAGUUGGCCAUCAUCCGCCUACUGAUGGAAACCACAGAGCCCUGGAGAAACGUCAAAGCUGUGUAUAUGGCCCCCAUCAAAGCUCUAUGCAGCCAGCGCUUUGAGGACUGGAAGAAGAAAUUUGAGCCUCUGGGCCUGAGCUGCAAGGAGCUGACCGGAGACACAGAGAUCGACGACUUCUUUGAGAUUCAGGACGCCCAUAUCAUCAUGACCACACCUGAAAAAUGGGACAGCAUGACCAGGAAGUGGAGGGAUAACUGCCUGCUGCAGUUGGUCCGGCUUUUCCUUAUUGACGAGGUGCACGUGGUGAAGGACACUACGCGUGGAGCGACACUAGAGGUGGUGGUGAGCAGGAUGAAGGCAGUCCAUGCCUACCGUGCAGCAGAGAACCCCCGGGAGGACCUCUCCAUGAGAUUUGUGGCCGUCUCCGCCACCAUUCCAAAUAUCAAGGAUAUAGCAGACUGGCUGUGUGACAACAGAGGCCCUGCUACUUGUCUGGAGAUGGAUGAGAGUCACAGACCUGUGAAACUGAGGAAAGUAGUGCUGGGUUUCCCCUGCAGCAGCAACCAGACUGAGUUCAAGUUCGACCUGUCACUCAACUACAAGAUGGCCAACAUCAUCCAGACCUACUCGGACCAGAAACCAACCCUUGUUUUUUGCUCAACAAGGAAAGGAGUCCAGCAGUCAGCCACUGUUCUGGCCAAGGAUGCCAGGUUCAUCAUGAGGCUUGAGCACAAACAAAGGUUGAUGAAGUAUGCAAACUCUCUUCUGGACUCAAAACUCAGAGACCUGGUGACGUUUGGGGUUGGUUUCCACCACGCCGGGGUUGACGUGUCAGACAGGAAGGUGAUCGAGGAGGCCUUCACCAUGGGAGACCUGCCUGUACUGUUUACAACCAGUACUCUGGCGAUGGGGGUGAACCUGCCAGCCCACCUGGUGGUGAUCAAGUCCACCAUGCACUACAUCGGGGGCGCCUGCAAGGAGUACAGCGACGCCGACAUGCUGCAGAUGAUUGGCCGAGCAGGCCGGCCACAGUUUGAUACGUCAGCGACCGCAGUGAUCAUGACCAAGACUCACACCAAAGACAAGUACAUGCAGUUCAUGAAUGGGGCAGAAAUCAUUGAGAGCAGCUUGCACACCCACCUUGUGGAGCACCUGAACGCUGAGAUCGUCCUCCACACCAUCUCAGACGUCAACAUGGCCCUGGACUGGAUCCGCUCCACCUUCCUCUACAUCAGAGCCCUGAAGAACCCCAAACACUACGGUUUUUCCACUGACUUGGACCAAUGUGGGAUCGAAGCCAAAUUGCAAGAGCUCUGUCUGAAGAACCUGAACUCCCUGGCCUCCAUUGGUCUGGUCUCCAUGGAUGAGGACGUCAACAUCAAAGCUACAGAGGCAGGCAGGUUGAUGGCCAGGUACUGUGUGGCAUUUGACACAAUGAAGCAGUUCAGCAAGGUGGCUGGCACUGAGACCUUACCUGAGCUGAUAGAAUUGAUGGCGAAGGGCAGAGAGUUCACUGACGUGCAGCUGAGAGUGAACGAGAAGAGAACCCUGAACACAUUGAACAAGGACAAGAACAGGAUUACCAUCAGGUAUCCCAUGGAGGGAAAGAUCAAAAACAAUGAGAUGAAGGUGAACUGCUUGAUUCAGGCCCAGUUUGGCUCCAUUCCAGUCCAAGAGUUUGGACUCACACAAGACACCGGUAGAAUCUUCCGGAAUGGAGUCCGAAUCAGCAGAUGUUUGGCAGAGUUUCUAAACCAGCGCUCCAAGACAGGCUUCUCUGCUCUGCUCAACUCCCUGAUACUGGCCAAGUGCUUCAGGGCAAAGCUGUGGGAGAACUCUCCUUACGUCUCAAAGCAGCUGGAGAAAAUAGGGUUGACUCUGUCAGCAGCCAUGGUGAACGCUGGGCUCACCACCUUCAAUAAGAUAGAGCAGACCAACGCCAGGGAGCUGGAGCUGAUCGUCAACAGACAUCCUCCAUUUGGAAACCAAAUCAGAGAGGCUAUCAUCAAUCUGCCUAAGUAUGAAGUUCGUUUGGAGCAGCUUCCAAGAUACAACGUCGCCACCGCAGAGAUUGUCGUGACUGUGAACGUGAAGAACCAUGAACAGCUGCUGUCAAAGAGAACUGCUCCUGACCACCACUAUGUCACCAUGAUCAUCGGGGACUGUGACAACAACGUGGUCUUCCUGCAAAAACUCACAGACUUGAUGCUGUUGAAGUCAGGAAGCUGGUCAAAGAAGAUCGAAGUGGCGAAAGCCUCCAAAGGAGAGGAGAUAAACGUGAAUCUGGUCAGCUCAGAAUACGUGGGGUUGGACAUUCAACAGAAGUUUAGUGCCUUCUUCUCUGGACCGAAGAGGUACGGAGCUGAAUCACUCACACCUGAGCAACAUAACACCGUGCAGCGAGCACAGGCUAACACUCAGAGAUCACAGGGUGCAACACAGAGAACACAGCCAACAGAUCAGCAAACACAGAAGAGAAACUCAUCAUCCACAUGUGCCACAGAAAAGGGUUCCUCACAACCAGAUCCAGGCAAAAAACAAUGUAACCACUUCUGCAAAAACAAGGAUCAAUGUGGCCACGACUGCUGUAAAAAUGGAGUGCCGGGGGUUCUGAAAAGGCAGAUGAAUCAGCAUUCGAGUUUCUCCUCCUACCUCCAAGACCUGAAGACCAGGAGUGACUCACUGACGGAGACACCAGUCAAACGCCUCAAGAUGAGAAUGAGUGGUGGGAUGGGAGCUGCGAACAUGCAGCAGUUCUCUUAUUCACCUAAGCCGAUCCUACCUGCUUCUUCCAGGUAUGAAGGUAAUGGCGCUUCAGCAGGACCACAGAGUGUGGAUUCAGCUGAGGACUUUGCAACACCCCAAGAGAUGGCUUAUGUUGUGACCUAUGGCCAUGAGUAUAAUGACUACCUGGAAGACAUGUAUCAGACAAUGGGAGAAGUGGAACCACCACCUGUUCAACUUCAAACCCUUACGGAGUCACAAAGCACUUCAAUGUGGAGGAAGCCCAAUGCCUACGAUGGAAGAUCCCUCAGCCACAGUACCCCCCACAGCACCCCCCAAAGCCAGAGCAGGAGUUACCCUCAGAGUCACAGCACCCCCCAAAGCCAGAGCAGGAGUUACCCUCAGAGUCACAGCACCCCCCAAAGCCAGAGCAGGAGUUACCCUCAGAGUCACAGCACCCCCCAAAGCCAGAGCAGGAGUUACCCUCAGAGUCACAGCACCCCCCAAAGCCAGAGCAGGAGUUACCCUCAGAGUUACAGCACCCCCCAAAGCCAGAGCAGGAGUUACCCUCAGAGUCACAGCACCCCCCAGAGCAGGGGUUACCCUCAGAGUUACAGCACCCCCCAAAGUCAGAGCAGGUCUUUCCCUCCGAGUCCCAUUGUAGACUUGACCGACGACAGUGGUUUCUUCUCAUCGUCACUCACCCCCAGCGUGACCUUUGACCUGGGAGACGAGUGGGACGAUUUUGACGACAACUUGGUGCACUCCAACGAGAAGUCAUGCACCACUGUAGCUAAAACUAAAGGGUUGGACCUGGACAUUGAUAGAAAAGGCCACUCCACACCACUACCAUCCACUUGCUUACAGCCCAAACCCCGCUGCACUAUGUCCAGUACCCCACUCAGGUCGACCUCCCCAGAUGUUUCUCAGAUACCAGUUACUACUUUCCCAGUCAGACCACACAACCGCCAGGCUUCUGAUAGCUGGAGCCACCCUGACAACAAGACCACAAGGACAUUCAGUGAACCCCCCGUGAAUGCACCACCCUCCUUCCCAAAACAGACUGACACAAGCUUGCCCCCCCUGGGAGAACGGUUUGAUUUAUUCUCAAAGACGACUACCCCAAACAAUGACAAUGUGACUGGCAAAAGGCUCCAUGGAGAGGAUUACAGCAAGGAAGUGGAGGCAUUCAUGGGGAUAUUUGAUGGACUAUUUUAGUAGUGUUUAUAGUUGUAUGGACCAUGAUAAUGUUUCAUGGUGAUUUGUCAUGUUACUGUGUAUGUUAUUUUUUUAUACUGUGAUUUGUACUGUUUGUUGUUUGAGAUUUACUGUUAGAUUUACUGUUGGCCCU